UCUCUGUGUGUGUGUGUGUGUGUCUCUGUGUGUGUGUGUGUGUGUGUGUGUGUGUGUGUGUGUGUGUGUGUGUGUGUGUGUGUGUCUCUGUGUGUGUGUGUGUGUGUCAGUGGGAGGACUCUGUGUCUCCAAACAGGAAAUGUUCUGGUCUUUUCUCUCCUCGCUCUCUCUCAGUUUUUUGUUUCGCGUUUUCUCGCCGCUGCACGGAUGGCCAUCAAGUACUCGGAGCUGGAGCUGGCCAUCAACACCAUGGUGACGGAGUUCCACCGGGCGGCGGGUGACGGCCCCACCAUGAGCCCCACGCAGCUCCACGCCUUCAUCUCCACGCACAUGCCGCUCCUCGCCAAGGCGGCGCAGGGCGAGGAGGGACUGGACCGGGUUCUGAAACAGAUGGGAGUCCAGAAGGACCAGAACAUCUCCUUCGACCACUUCUGGACGCUGAUCCGCCACCAAGCGGCGCAGCAGUUCAGCGGCGCACAGAAAGAGAAGGGCGACAAGUUGAACUGCUCGCUGCAGUGACACGGCGCAGCCUGACCAGAGGGGGCGCUGCAGGACCGCAGGCUCACGCAGAAACUAUGUAGAAAAAACUACAGUAGUUCACUUGUUUGUGUUUCAAUUUUUGAGGGGUGACGAAAGAACAAAAACAAAAUCAAAAGCAGAUUGUUUCUCCAUCUGCUUUACUGAUGUUAAGAAUUAAAAUGAGGAAUAACUUGAUUUAGCUCGUUAAUUUAUUCCUCCGUCCUAGGUUCCUGUGUGUCUGCAUGUGGAGGGAGAAAAGAGCAAUCAUACGACGUCAGACUUCAGAUAUCCAGAG